AUGAUGGUGAUGUUGUCUUAUCACGUUUCCUCGAGACGGUUGUGUAAACAAGCUUGUCCUUAUUCGCGUGGUCUAACUGUGAGCAGCCACGAACACUUUUGCAGCUACCUAACAUGAUUCUGACUGUGUCGACAAGAUAUUUAAACGCUUCUGCUGGUCCGUCCGUUACGGACCGACACCCGGCAUGCGCACUGCUUCUGGGUCUUGGCACAGUCGAGCCCCAGCUUUGAAGGCUGACCAACAGCAACAUGCUGCAACUGGAGCUUUGCGCGGAGGCGGAUGCGGCGUUGUUCGCUGCCGUCGAGGAGGGCGCCACGCUGGGUUGGCAGACCCCACCGAGCUCCUGCGCCCCAGCCACAACAGCGACAACAGCCACAGCCGCAGCGGGAGCUGGAGCUCUGCCUUUCGGCUGCUUCCAUAUGCCUAGCUUUGUAAGGCAGCUGGCCGCCAAGACCGAGGCAGCGCUGGGGCGAAGCACGGAGCCAAGCCACAACACAGAUGGCGCGGCUCCCACAAACGCGUUUAGCACCCCAGUGGUCAAACGGGGGCGUGGCAGGCCGCGGCGCACCGACCACCCGCCGCCGGCCCCGCAGCAGCGCAAGCGCACCACACCUGGCUCUCAAAACCAGAUACAUCACCAGCAGCAUGCCAGUGAGUCCUCCUACGAGCUAACGGCGGGGAACAAGCGCGGCGCCAGCGGCAGCGGCCCUUGCAGCAGCAGCUGCAGCCGCUCAGGCUCAGACUCGGGCUCCGAGGACGGGCGGGGCAGCGGCCGGGGAAACAGUGAUGACACUUGGACCAGGCGCCUGAGCCGCCGCCUGGACGUCACACAGCUCGGCACACGCCGCAGGGCCAAGCGGCGCCGCAACGCGCCCGCCUGGGCCGCCGACUACCAGAGCGCCAGCCUCUCCUCCUCGCCGUCCGCCACCAGCGGAAGCGGGAGCGGGAGCGACGGUGAGCGGAGCAGCGGCGGCGGGCGUAGCGGCCGUAGCCGCACCAGCACCGACAGCGACGGCGACGGCAGUGAUGAAAGCACCGAUCAGUCUGACUCUUGCUCGGAUGACGGCGGCCACGUCGGCGCCGCCGCGCCGGAGCCGGUGCUGGCGCCGCCGGGCUCCCUGCUACAGCCCGGCAUGGACUCGCUGCUGCUGCCGGUGGCGCAGCUGCCGCCGCACGCGCGGCUGGCGGCGGCGGCUGGCGGCGGCUUCGUGCCGCUGGUGCUGGAGGUGGACGGCCUGCUCAAGCCGCGGCUGUCCGUGGGCGCGGCGGGCAAGGACGGCGCGGCCGCUGACGUCAGCGCCAGGGUGGCGGAGGCGGCGGCGCGGCGCUACCGCCGCCUCAUGGAGCGGCUGCUGCGCCAGCACUGCGCCGCGCUGGGCGUCGCCGGCUGUAGCAGCAGCGCCGGCGGCGGGGUUGGCGGCGGGCUGGGCGGCAGGGGCGUCGGCGGCGGCGGCCGUGGGAGAGGCCGGGGUCGAGGCCGGGGCGAGCAGGCACAGCUGGGCGGCGGCGUGGCGGACAGCGGCCGCUACAUCUACAUGCGCCUGCUGCGCGAAGGGAGCGGUGGUGGUGGUGGUGGUUGUGGUGGUGGUGGUGGCGGCGGCGGCGGCCGCCUCAUGGGCCCCGGGGCCAGGGCCAGGGCUGGCGGCGGCGGCGCAGCCACGCCAGCCCGGGCGUGCGAGGCCGUGCCCGGCUCUGGCGGCUGUGGGCACUGCGCCGGUCACUGCGAGGGCGUCGUGGGAGAUGGCGGGGGAGCCGGCGGACUCACGGCUGCUCCCGUGCGACCCGCGGAGGCGCCCUUGCCUGACUGCGAUGCGAAGGCGGAGUCACUGCGGGCACCUGUGUGGUCGACAGCAGGAGCUGCCCAGGCCGCAGCCGCAGGUGCUGCCACUGUCGAAGUGGAGUGUGCGGAAGCCGCGGCGGCUGCCGUGGGGUCUUGUGCCGUUGUCGUGGAUGGGGGCGCGGAUGCGGCGGGCCCAAUGCAGCGGCCCCAGGCGGGAGGGCCCGAGGAGAACGGCGGCUGUGCAUCCGCGCAGUCGGAUGUCCCGUUGCAACAGCAGCUGCAGCCGCAACCGAGGGAUGCGCACUCGCCAGCGCCCCAAGGGCCGGCGGCAGCGGCCGACGCCGCGCUGGUGUUCGCCGCAGCGCCGCCCACGCCCACGCCCACGCCCAUGCCCAUGCCCACGGCCCCGGCCCCGGCCCCGGCGCCGGCGACGGCCCCGGCCAACCCCGGGACAAACGCGCAAGUGGCGCAGCUUCCACAGGCGCAGACCACUAGGAACCUCAAGGGGGCGGCAGGCGACCUGCAGGAGGCGGCGGCGGCGGUGGCAGCAGCAGAGCCGCCUGAGGCGCUGGCGCUUGCCGGCGCAGUGCCGGCUGCUUGUGGCGGCCGCGGCAGCGGCGCCGGUCCGGAGGGCGGGCCGCGGGUGCUGCUGUUGGGGCUGGGGACGGUGUGCGCGCGCUUCGCCGGCUUCGUGUUGCUGGGCUGGUCGGUCUACAACAUGGACUGCCUGGUGCUGCGGCUGGCCUCGCCGCGGGCCUGGGACACGGACAUGCAAAGGGCGCGGCGGCGGCAGGAGCGGCACGCCGCGGCCGCCGAUGACCCAUGCGCGCCGCCGCUAGACCCCGCGGCGGCACUCAGCGGCCCUGAACAGGAGCAGCGCGGCCGGCAGUGUGGCCGCGGGGGCCAGGGCCACCAGCACGGGGCCGCUGUGUCGCCGCAUGCGGGCAAGCAACAGCCAGGCGGCGCGCGGCGCUGGGGCCGGGGCCGGGGCCAGGGUGACGGCGGGUCGCGGAGCGAGGACUCUGGGAGUGGCCGGGAAGGCAGCCAGGGCACGGGCAGCGACAGCAGGCGCUCACGCAGCAGCGGGAGAGGUGACGAUGUUGAUGGGGUGAAGGGGCGGGAGGCGGGGGAGCGCUGGGCCCCACGCGGCCGCGGCCGCGGCCGGGGUCGGGGCCGGGGCAGGGGCCGCGGCCGGGGACGGGGACGUGGACGUGGCCGGAGGGGGCACUGGCGGUCCGAUGACGAGGGGGAAGCGCACGAGGCGCGUGGCUCUGGGCAGGACCGGGACCGGGACCCGGACCGUGGCUCUGAGGGUACACAAGAGGUGACUGAAAGCACUGUCUCCCUGUCGCCUGGCGGGCCUGACCAGCAGCAGCAGCAGCAGCAGCAGCAGGAGCAGCGCCGCCGGUCGUCCCGGCCGGAGCGGCAAGCCGGGCAGAAGCACCGCCGCUGGGACGACGACAGCGCAUCCGAGCAGCCGGAGGGAGCAGCUGCGGAGGAAGCAGCACCUGCAGCGGCAGCCAGUGCCGAACACACGGCGGCGGGCCACUCGUCGCAAGUGCUGUCGCAGCAGCCGCACGCGGAGGCGGAGGCUCCGCCGCCGCGGCGGCUGAAGCGGCGCAAGGGCCCAGCGCUGAAGCGACCCUUCUACGAGUACCGCUACGUCGAGCCCGGGGCGGCGGCGGCGGCGGCGGCGUCCGGCGAUGACCACAGCGACGGCGCGGCGGCGGCGCGAGCCAGGCAGCGGCACAAGCGCAGCAGGCGCCCACGCCCCCGCCAACAGCAACAGCAGCAGCAGCAGCAGCAGCAGCAGCCGGACGCUGCGGGGCCAACACAGGCGCUGUCGCAGCAGCUGGCCGGCACCUCAGCGGCAGCGGCGGUAGCGGCAGCCGCGGCGGCCGCUGCUGCUGUGGGCACCUCCGCCGCGGCGGCGGCUUUGGCCGACCCCAUACUGGUUGCUAGCGCCGGUCCCUCCGGCGGCACUACUGCCGCAGCUACACCGUCACCACUGCCGCCGCCGGGCGCGGUGUCGGGGUCCCUGUCACAGGCCGCAGCUGCGCCCGGCGUUGGCGCCGCCGCUCCAGCCGCCGGUGGCGGCGCCGCCGCUGGCCAUGUCCCACCGCAUGUGCGCAGCCCUCCAGCGCUGCCGCCACCCGGCGGCGCAACAAGCGCUGCGGACUGCGCACAAGGCCCAGCUGGCGCACCCGCAGGAGGGGUGACAGCGGUCACGGCAGCCGCCCCGGCCCUCGAGCGCCAUGCUUCCGGGCUACGUGGUCGGACGACGGCGCCGCCUCCGCAACAGGACCAGCCGGCAGCGGAGGAGCCAGGCGGUGCGGACACUGUUGUGGAGACCGUGGCGUUGACGGUCCCGCUGGAGGCGGCGGGUGACGAUGCCGCUGACACAGCUGUGUCUCGCGCCGUCACAGCUCACGGUGUCAUUCCUCCUGCUACAGCUGUACCUGCAACUGCCGCCUUUACGGCCGCAGCACCCCACGCAGUAGCGGCAGAACCCAUUGGCGGCACUGACAGAAUGGCUGCUGCAGGGGCCGCAGCAACAGCGGAACGCACUGCAACUGCUACUGCCAACGGCCGGGUAGAAGCAGCUCCACAGCCGGCCGCAGUUGCUGGUUGCAACAGCGCUUCAGCGGGGCCACCUGCACCUGCAACAGCUGUAGCAUCAAGAGCGAAUGGCAGCAGCACGGCGGCAGCAGCAGCCGCAGCAGUAGCAGUCGCAGCUAGCGCGAAUGGGGACGGUCAUGGCCCCAGCGGUAGCGCCAGCAGCGGCCUCAAGCAGAAGGUGGAAUCGGCUGCGGCGCUGGCGGCGGCCGCAUGUGCUCGGGCGGAGGAGGUGCUAAGGCUGUGCCGCCAGACAGACAUGCUGCUGGCGGCGGCGGCGGUUAGAGGUGCGGGCGGCAGCAGGAGCGGCGGCGACGGGGCGGCGAUGGCCGGCAGAGCCGGCACCAGCAGGGAUGCCGAACGCGCAGUGGUCUGGUCUGCGGCUGGGGCAGACCCGGCAACUGGGUUUGUUUCGGCGGCUGCACCGCCGCCGCCGGGACUGGUCGCUGUCGGGGGGCCGGUGGUCAUCGACCUGGUCAGUGAUGAUGAUGAGGAGGAGGAGAGGCAGGACUAACAGUUUUGGGUGGCGCGUGUGCGUGUGUGAUUGUGUGCGGAUGUGUUUGUGUCUCUUGCAAUGGGCGGCCCUGCACCUGGCUGCGCAGCUGGGCACUGCUGAUGGCGGCACGUGUUUGUGUAUGUGGCUGCACACGUGCAGCGUCAGUGACGCCGUGAGUAGCUGCCAGCCGCGGUGUGCGUGAGAGCGUGAGUGCCGUAGCGCGAGCAACAUUCGAGAAAGGGAACGCGCGAGGUCAAAGCACGCUGUAUUCAUGAAUUCACUGUGGGGCUUGGCGAAUGUGUGUAGCGGGACGCUGCAUCACUGCUGUUUACUGAUGGUAUCGAUGGUGGACUUGCAUUUUAGCCUUCUUGAUCAGGCCGGAACAGCUGGAUGGCAAGGUGAUGAGUCAUCAAAAGGCAGGUUGAUAACCACCAGCGGCCCCACCCUGCAACCUCGAUGACUUCACAUGUUCAUCACGAUUGGGCUCCUUUAAAGCUACGAUACCGGUACAUGGUGCGAUGCUUGUUGCUGUUAAACAACGUUUGCUUGAGCACGUGAGGCAUGGGGUACGUAUGCAUCGGCGGAUCACGUGUGUGGUGAUUGGGGCACACUGCGCAGCAGGGCGGGAAUGCGUGCGGCACAGGUUUCGCAGCCGUGUUGGACCAUGUGCUUUGUGCCGGUUGAAUCGUUUGUGGAUGCUGGCCCUCGCUUGAACCUUUUCUGACCGUGAUGACUGUGUUUCCUGGGGAGCGCUUUCUUUGUAGGGCAGCGACGGGCGUGGAUGGCGAGCGUCCAGUUAGGCCCAGGUAGGUCGCAUGGAUGAAGAUGUGAUGACAUUGGUGGACGCGCCUGUUGUGAUUCGCUGAGCUCGCAGCUGGCAGGCUGGCAGCGGGACGACUGCGAGCAGGUUCAUAGCGAGGACACACACGUUCACACGCCUGAUACAAAGCAGUGUGUACGAAGCGGUGUGUAAGGACUCCCCUUGACAGGCUUGGGGCCAGGUUGGACGGGGACAGUGGGGUGACAGCCGGUUUGGGGGCUCCCAUGGCGAUGGCAAAGGCUUUUUGGCAGCCUGCGUAAUCUUUCUUCUUAUGCAGAAGCUUUUAUGUAUACAAGAUCCUUCAAC